AUGAAGGACAUUCAUGAUAGAGUAAGAGAAACUCUCCAAAAGAACACAAAGAAGUACAAAGAGAAGGCCAAUGAGAAGAAGAGAGAUGUGCAGUAUAAAGUGGGGGACUUGGUGAUGGCACACUUGAAGAAAGAGAGACUUACAAAUGAGCAACCAACAAAGUUACUCAUGAAGAAGAUUGGUCCUUCCCGGAUUGUGCAUAAAUUUGGUCCUAAUGCCUACGAGAUUGAAAUUUCUCAAGGCUUAGGAAUAUCUCCCAUUUUCAGUGUUUCAGAUUUGUUUCCUUACAAAGGUGGUGUUGCGGGUCAUGAGGCAGGUUUUCCAUCAGAUGGAGAUGAAGGUUGGUUCAAGGAUCUACCACCUAGCCAACCCUUGAAGUUGGAGAGCAUCUUGGACACCAAGGUGGUCAAGAAGACUAGAAAGAAGAACUAUAAGGAGUACCUUGUCAAAUGCAGUGGCCUACCUACUUAA